AUUUAAAUCAAUAGAAUAUUAGGCUUCUAUUACGGUCUAUGAAUCACUCAGUUUUGAAGAAAUGAUGGAUGGAAAGAAACUAAACUAACACUUAAGGAUACUACAUAGGAACAAAAACAAGUCAACAAGUACCUAUUUUUUCCCCAGUUUUAAAUAAGAGUGAGAGCCUGGCUUAUUUCUUGUCUUAUGUUAAUGUAUCCUGACAACACAAUUGUGCUUUACCUUAAAAACAUUAGGCAUGUGGGUUUUCCCAUUUUUCAGUAGUUUUAGCAAAUGUGUGUUCUGCGGUUGACCAUAUUCCUAGCUUUUGUGACCAGAGUAUUUAACAUGAGAUGGAUGAAACAAGUUUUUUGUCCUACUUACCCUAGUUAUUAGUAUUGCUGCCUUGUAUAUUAAUACUACUAAGAUCAGCCCAUCCCUGCUUCAGUGGCUUCUAAAGGUCUGAAAUAUUGACCAAAUGGAGCCCUGUCUAUGUUCUUGAUACAGAAUAAUCCCUCAAAUUGUAAUUAUUUAGGAACUAGAGAUGUUUCUUGAAGUAAUCAAACUUGUCUGGCCAAUGCCGUCCUAGUGGUCUGGGGGUGGCCCAAAGCUGGUCUAAUAUUGUACUCAUACUACUACAUGGAUAAUAUAAGAAGUAAUAACAUCCAGCUGACCUGAUCAGUGGGAGAAUACAGUAGUGUAAUCGGUGAACACCAUUGUACACCCCUUUGUGUCACAUUUGUGUACAGUAAAGGUAUAUGCAUCCACCAAUCAUUUUAAAGAUAUUAAAGUAUCCCUGUGUCUUUGCAGUGUUUGGAUUUAGUGCUGUGUAUAGGUACAUUUAUUGGUACAUUUGAUUCAUCACUUGGGACAACACCAGCAUUUAUUUAUAUAUUAUUUAAAGAUAAAAACACUGCAACAGGUACAGCCACGGCUCCCCAUGAUCCUCUUGGGGCGGAUGUCCUGCUCAGGUUUGACUGUCUUAAUAGGAUUAUCUAUUCUCAGUACAGGAGAAAGGCCAGGGGAGAAAAGAACCAAACGCGUUUAAGACCUUGUGAGAACGUAUUUGUGUUUACAGCAACAAUAAAAAAUCCAGUGUUGACUGUGAAGAGGAUUUGAAGACUUGAUUCUGUUUUUUACCUGAGGAGGACAUUUGGAUUAUUCUUUUGAAGACAGUAGUGAUGAACGCCCAGCCUGUUGCCGAGACAACCAACUGCAGUCUGUCCACCAUGCUGGGCAGUGAGGACAGUGACGAAGAAACCAGUCAAGAGGAGCCCUCAAUCCCAAACUGGAACGAGCUGUCCAUCAUAGAACGUGUAGGCCUCAACAGCAUGGAGAUGUCAGAGAAAGAUUUGGAGACGGCCUUCUGUCAGAUCGCCCUGGCCUUCCGCUGUGAUCAGUACACCCUGAAGCAGAGGCUGCAGGCGGAGGAGCACGCCCGCAACCUGGCUGAGGAGAACAUCCAGCUGGAGCUGACCAGAGGCAGGGAGACCCUGGAGACGCUGAAAGGCCUGUGUCUGGACAGUAAGCGCAGUAUGAUCCUGCAGAGGCUGGAGCUGUCUCUCGACAUCCUCGGUGGGACCGUGGAACGAAUCUCCAACACAGCGGAGGUGCUCGGCGCUGUGCACCAGGAGGCUAGAGUGAGUCAUGAAGUCGAACUGAUGGUUGCUCAUGUGGAGAAUCUGAGGAGACAACAUGAGAGAAACGUGCUAGAGCUGGAGGAGGCCAAGAAGACGAUCCAGCAGCAAAAGAGCAUCGACCAAAGAGCAUCGCCAGAUCCAGAGGAAAGUGACAUCAGAAAGAAAAGCUCUCAUCAGAGCCUUCGUCGCAGAGUCAGCAUAACACUUAUUCCCAGCCAAAUCCAGGAGAAGAUAAAGCAAGACUUAAAGAAACAAGCUACUCCCAGAAGGUCCUUCAGCAAAGAAUCCUUCCUCACCUGUCCGUCUCCCCCCCUGAGAUCAGAGUCCAGCUGCUCUGUGACCAAUGACAACAGCUUCUCAGUGGAUGACAGGCCACUGGAUCCAGAUGACACUCCAUCAGAAGCUCCAGCUGCUGAGCUUCCUUCACCUCCCAUCCCCAAAUCAGAGUACCUCCCAUCGAAACAACUGGCCACCAGAAAGAUACACAACAAAAAAUCCCCUCUGGAGACUUUGCGGCAGAGACACAAGGGCAAAGCUGCGUUAUCAAAGAAAAAGGCAGACAAGGAUAAAAAAAGUGCAAAUAUUUACCGACAGCUUUCUGCAAUCCCGUGUGGGUCCUUGUGGAGACAUCGUCCUCUGGCUCACUGGUUGUAUCGCUGUCGCUGGGCGCUCUUCUGCGUGUACCUGUUGGUGCUUUUCUGUGUCCUAACAUUGGCUUACCUUUUUGUGGAAGCUUCAUGAUGGGACCACCUGGGCCAUGGACAUACAGUCAGCAGGACGUUGUCUAAAUUCUGUGACUGUAUUGCAAACAUGAAGGGUGCAGACAGCUGAAACACCUGUAUCAGUCUUUGGAUAUGAAUAUAAAAACAUUUUAGGACA